AUGGGUAAAAAGAGUACAGAAGAUGUACAAAAAUAUUUACAUUCAUUAGGUUAUAAAAGUAUAGAAGAUGCAAUUGAUUUAGCUGCAAGAAAUGGUCACCUUGAAGUACUAAAAUAUUUACAUUCUGUUGGAUAUAGAUUAACAUAUGCAAUUAAUUUGUCUAUAUUUUUUGGUCAUCUUGAAAUGUUAAAAUAUUUACAUGAAUUAGGAUAUAAAGGUACAGAAGAUGCAAUAGAUAAAGCUGCAAGAAAUGGUCACCUUGAAGUAAUAAAAUAUUUACAUUCUGUUGGAUAUAGAUUAACAUAUGCAAUUAAUUUGUCUAUAUUUUUUGGUCACCUUGAAAUGUUAAAAUAUUUACAUGAAUCAGGGUAUAAAGGAGACAAAUGGGCAAUUGAUGGUGCUGCAAAAAAUGGUCAUCUUGAAGUACUAAAAUAUUUACAUGAAUUAGGGUAUAAAGGAGACAUAUGGACAAUUAAAGGUGCCGCAGAAAAUGGUCACCUUGAAGUACUAAAAUAUUUACAUUCUAUUGGAUAUAAAGCAACAGAAUGGGAAAUUACUCGUGCUGCAGAAAAAAAUGGCCAUCUUGAAGUAGUAAAAUAUUUACGUUCUAUUGGAUAUACGAAGUGA